CACAUGAAAUUCUAGGGAGGAAAGCAUGGGAGUCAGCGCAGCAGUCACCCGACCUCACUGAGCCUCACUUCUUCCAUGAAGCAGAGUAACAAGACUGCCUGAUUCACAGGGAUGUUUGUAACACACACAGCACGCAGGACUCUGACAGGUGUGGCAGGUGUGCUGGUGGGACACCCGUUUGACACGGUCAAGGUGCGGCUCCAGGUCCAGAGCGUGGAGAAGCCCCAGUACCGAGGGACCUUGCACUGCUUCCAAGCCAUCAUCAAGCAGGAAGGCGUGCUGGGCCUGUACCGCGGCCUGGGCUCGCCCCUCCUGGGGCUCACCUUCAUCAACGCGCUGGUGUUCGGCGUGCAGGGCAACACCCUCCGGGCCCUGGGCCGGGACUCGCCGCUGAACCAGUUCCUGGCGGGCGCGGCGGCGGGCGCCAUCCAGUGUGUCAUCUGCUGCCCCAUGGAGCUGGCCAAGACGCGGCUGCAGCUGCAGGAGGCGGGGCCGGCCCGCACCUACCGCGGGCCCCUGGACUGCCUGGCGCAGGUCUACCGGCGGGAGGGCAUGCGCGGCGUCAACCGGGGCAUGGUGUCCACGCUGCUGCGCGAGACCCCCAGCUUCGGCGUCUACUUCCUCACCUACGACACGCUGACACGCGUGCUGGGCUGCGAGCCGGGCGACCGCCUGCUGGUGCCCAAGCUGCUGCUGGCGGGCGGCACGUCGGGCAUCGCGUCCUGGCUCUCCACCUACCCCUUGGACGUGGUCAAGUCGCGGCUGCAGGCUGACGGGCUGCGGGGCGCCCCACGCUACCGGGGCAUCCUCGACUGCGUGCGCCAGAGCUACCGCGCCGAGGGCUGGCGCGUCUUCACGCGCGGGCUGGCCUCCACGCUGCUGCGCGCCUUCCCCGUCAACGCCGCCACCUUCGCCACCGUCACCGUGGUGCUCAGCUACGCGCGCGGCGAGGAGGCCCGGCCCGAGGGCGAUGCCGUGCCCGCCGCCCCGGCGGGGCCCGCCUUGGCCCAGCCCUCCAGCCUGUGACACCCGGGGCCCCCGGCACCAGAGGGCCCGACCUCUCCCGGGGCCGCUUUUCCAAAACGCAGCCUAGACAUAAAUUGGGCCCCUGACGCCAACCGCCCUGCACCGGACUCCCAGACCCCGUGGGCUGUGGACUCCAUCAGACCUGGGUUGAAUUCCACGCCCGAGCUGGGUGACCCUGGCCACAAAUUUGACAUCCUCGGUUUUCUCCUCUGUGAAAUGGGGAUCCUCAUGCCCACGUUGUACAGUCAGGAAGCUCAGAGAUGAUGCCCCUGCGGCGCCCAGCCUGGCGCUGUUACUUGGAGUCUUCCAGAAACCCAGCCAUCACGCCAGCCCUUUCCUGGGAUCCCAGCCACACCACCAUGGGGUCUCUGAUGACCCACCCAUGAGCUUGCCAGCGACUCGCUAACGCUGCAAAUCCUCCACCUGGCGGAGCUCUCGGGACACUUCUCGGCCACCUGUCCAGUCUGUGUUAGGGACAGAGAGGCAGCUCAGGGGCUCCUGGUGUCAUAGAACUGAAUCCUCUGCCAGUGCACUCCAGCUUCUCCAUGUGGCAAGGCUGGGAAUACCCCUACCCCUGACGCUCCCACUGGAGGGUAAUCUGGGGGACCACUAAGAAGCCAUGAGACCUUCUGGAAGCUCCGUAUUGGCCUAGGGGCCGGGGUGGGGGAGCGGGCACAGGUCAGUGGGAGGGGAGGUCUCAACAGGUAAAUACAGCCAUGGCAAGGAGAAGUCUUUUCACCCUCUGGGCUUUCAGGCUGCCCAUCUGUAAAAUGGGGACGUGGGUCAGCGGAUGUCUGGGGCUCUGGCCCACUACCAACGGCCAGGAACCAACACCAGGGUUCCCCAGGAAAUGGUGUCUUUCCCAGGCAACCUCAAUGCUUCGUGUCCCUGUGAAUCAUCGCAGGGCCUGUAAGUGGGCACAGGUACCGCCAGUUUGGGCCUCUCCAGGCCGAAGGGCAUCUGAGCCCACGCUCCAGGGGCUGUCACUAGAAGCGGGGCUGUGGUGUGAGCUCAGGGCAGCCCGGGCGCAUCCAGUGCAUCAUGGCCGUGGGAAUAGGCGGGGAGGAGGAUGCUUCUGCACAAGUUGGAGGUGACUGUGGCCUCCUUUGCCCCGAGUGGCGCUCAGCCUCUUGGGCAAAGUGAUAAGCUCUCCCAGGAGGCAGGCUGUGCUCAAGGAAGGACAGGACUCCCACCUUGUGGCAUCACUGUUGUACAGAAACCGCCAAGGGAAUAAAGUGUUCUUUGUUUUUUUAAGACA